AUGGCGUCAGAAGAAGAAUUGAUCAACUUGUUUAGCAAAGUUGGGUUCAAUGAUAAGAAAUCUAAAGAAGUUUGCAAAAAUAAAAAGGUUUCCCAAUCAUUAGCAGAAAUCAUCAAUGAGUCAAAGGUGGAAGAAACAGAUGAAAAGAAGCUUUCUUUGUUGCAUGCGUUAGCCGUUGAGAGUAAAGGAGGAGAUGUUCCUAGACGUGAAUUAAUUACGAAGGCUAUUAUUGAUGGUAGAUUGAAGACUAACUUACAGGUCACCGAAGCAUUCAAAUAUGUCAAGGAAAACCCCGAAACUGCCAACAACGAAACCAUGGAAGAAAAGUCAGGGGUUGGUAUUGAGCUCAGUGAUUCCGAUGUUGAAAGAGAGAUUAAAAAGUACAUGGAAGCCCAUAAGUCUGAUAUUGAGACUAAGAGAUACUCGAUUGUUCCUAGUCUAUUAGGUGACGUCAAGAAGGUACCAGAAUUGAAAUGGGCCAAGCCAAACUUAUUCAAGCCAAUUAUUGACAGUUUGGUCUUGGAGAUGAUUGGACCAAAGGAUGAGAGAGAUGUCGUUAAGAAGGAAAAGAAGAAGCUGACUAAAAAGCAAGUUGAAACCAAGAAGGAAGCACAGAUUGAGAGAUCGAUGUUUUCCGAAGGGUUUUUGGGUGACUUACACAAGCCUGGUGAAAAUCCACAAAAAUAUCCUGAAUUAAUGAAAGAACAUUUAGAAUUCACCAAGCGUAAAGUAUUCACUAGAUUCCCACCAGAACCAAACGGAUAUUUGCACAUCGGGCAUUCGAAGGCAAUUAUGGUUAAUUUUGGAUAUGCUAAGUACAAUGGUGGUAACUGCUACUUAAGAUUCGACGACACCAACCCUGAAGCGGAAGAAGAAGUGUAUUUCAAGUCAAUUGAAAAAAUGAUUGACUGGUUAGGAUAUGAACCAUGGAAAGUUACUCAUUCAUCCGACUAUUUUGAUGAGUUAUACGAUUUAGCUGAGAGAUUAAUCAGCUUAGGUAAAGGUUAUGUUUGCCAUUGUACGGCGGAAGAAGUUAAGGCUCAAAGAGGGUUGAAGGAAGAUGGUACCUUAGGUGGAGAAAGGUUUGCAUGUAAGCAUCGUUCAAGAAGCGUUGAAGAUAGUAUGGCUGAAUUCCGUAAGAUGAAGAACGGUGAAUAUAAGAGUGGAGAGGCUACCUUGAGAAUGAAGCAAGACUUGGAAUCGCCAUCUCCACAAAUGUGGGAUCUUGUUGCGUACAGAGUCUUAAACAAGCCCCACCACAGGACUGGAGACAAAUGGAAGAUCUACCCAACAUACGAUUUUACUCACUGUCUUGUUGAUUCUUUUGAAAACAUUAGUCAUUCAUUAUGUACUACUGAAUUUAGACUUUCUAGAGAGUCUUACGAAUGGUUGUGUGACGAGCUACACGUUUACAGACCAGCACAAAGAGAAUAUGGUAGAUUAAAUAUUACUGGUACCAUAUUGAGUAAGAGAAAGAUUGCUAAAUUAGUCAACGAAGGUAUUGUUAGAGGAUGGGAUGAUCCUAGAUUGUACACGUUAGAAGCUAUCCGUCGUCGUGGGGUUCCACCGGGCGCUAUUUUAAGUUUCAUCAACACGUUAGGGGUCACCACUUCAACUACUAAUAUUCAAGCAGUGAGACUCGACAGUGCUAUCAGAGCAUUCUUGGACCAAACGACCCCAAGAUUGAUGAUGAUUCUUGACCCUGUCGAAGUCGAAGUUGAGAACUUACCAGAAGGGUACGAGGAAAUGGUCGAGGUGCCAUACAAACCGGGUGACACCGUUAAGUUCGGAACCAGAAAGGUUCCGUUCACCAAGCGUUUCUAUAUUGACAGAUCUGACUACAGAGACUCUACUUCCGACGACUACUUUAGAUUAGCCCCUGGCCAACCAGUUGGGUUAAUUAGGGUACCAUUCAAUGUUUCUGUCAAGGACGUUGUCAAGGAUGACGCAGGUAAGGUGACGAAGAUCAUCGCGCACUACGACAACGACGGUACGUUCAAAAAGCCUAAGACUUAUAUCCAAUGGGUCCCAAAAUCGGCCUCUUCACCAAUCAAGGUCAACGAGGUGAGGAUUCAGAACCAAUUGUUCAACAGCGAGAACCCAUCAGCUCACCCAGACGGAUUCUUGAACGAUCUCAACGAGCAAUCGGAAGAGAUCUACCGCGAUGCGAUUGUCGAGUCGGCUUUCACUGAAAUUAAGGAGAAAUCGCCAUUGAAUAUUCCUAUCGAAGGAAGCGAGUUCAACAUCAAGGAGAAGCCGAGUGUCGAAACGGUGAGAUUCCAGGCCUUGAGAGUGGGAUACUUCUGCAUGGACAAGGAUUCGAGCGCGGACAAAUUGGUGUUGAACCGUAUUGUCACUUUGAAGGAGGACUCGUCGAAAAAUUGA